CAAUUCUCUAUCAUGUUGUCGCAUGCGUGUUAGAGACAAGAGCACAUAUGGACUGACACAGAAAUUUACCACUCUGUUGACGUAUUUGGUUGAAUAUCUCAUUUGAAGAAGUUCGUUUUCAAUUUUAGAUCAUGCCAAAGAAUAAAGGAAAGGGAGGUAAAAACAGGAGGAGAGGAAAAAAUGAGAAUGAAAAUGAAAAAAGGGAGUUGGUGUUCAAGGAAGAUGGACAAGAAUAUGCCCAAGUCACAAAGAUGCUUGGGAAUGGAAGGUUAGAAGCCUUGUGUUUUGAUGGUGUAAAAAGACUUUGCCAUAUUCGUGGAAAACUGAGGAAAAAGGUGUGGAUCAAUGGUGGUGAUAUUAUUCUUCUUGGACUUCGAGAUUACCAAGAUGGAAAAGCAGAUGUAAUUCUAAAAUACACACCAGAUGAGGCCAGAAACUUGAAAGCAUAUGGAGAACUACCAGAAACAGCUAAAAUCAAUGAUACUGGACUAGAAGAUGAUUAUGAUGAAACCAUCAUGUUUGACGAUUGUGAUGAUGAUGAUGAAAUUGACGAUAUCUGAAAAUACACAGAAAAAUAAAACAGCAUAUUGAUAUAGACAGCAAUAGUCUUCCAUUCAUUUGGACAAUUUCUAGGAAGACAUACAAGCUCCAAAUCAUCUCUUGCAUUAUGAAAGGAAGGCCUAUGGGAAAAGGGAAGUUAAUAUCAUUAACUAUUGAAGAAAACUAUUAUUAGCAAAAACAUCGUACAUUAAUCUGAUAUUUAUCACCUCAACUUUUGAAGAAGAAAGUGCCGUUUGUUUGCGUAAUGCAUUUUUAUUUUUAAACUUCCUCAAGUCUUUGUUGGGUGCUGCA